UGAACGUGUUCAUGAGAGGUGUGAACUUGCACAACACUGGACAUGGAGCAUGCCUAUAAGACAUGCGCGCCGUAUACAAACUCAAACUCAGCAGCAGAAGACGACGACGAACAACAACACAACAAGAACAGAAUCACGAUCAAGAUGGCAAACACAAAUAAUCUGUUGAUUUGGAGCGAUGACGAGGUGGGACUCUUGUUGCAAAUCAGCCUGGAUUACAAAUGUGAUAAAUUACAGAAGGGUAUCGACUGGGAGACCUGUAAAUCCAAAUAUGUGGAUAUAACUGGCUUGUUUGAAGAGCAAUAUCCAAUGGGCUCAACUGGGAAGAAUUUCCCUCACAACAAAGACUCUUUGCUUUACUUUAUAGCUAAAGGGCAGGUCACAACGAAGCUUAAAAACGUCAAAAGGAAUUAUAGGAGGGCUGUGUACGAUGGCCGUCGAAGUGCCAAUGGGCACGUAGUCUUAUAUUUCAAGCUAUGCGAGCAGCUUUGGGGUGGCUCGCCUGCUACGCAGGGCAACGACAUCGGCAUCGAGACAGAUGACCUGGAAGACUCCUCUGCAGAGAUCGCCGAGUCUGAACAUGAACGUUCAGAUCUUCCACCUAGAGUUGUAAAGCAGCGUUUGGAUUUGCUCCAGGCAAGGUUGAACAGCCACAGAGGGAAAAGGCCUAAGAGGAAGUUUCCGGGUGAGCAGGAGGGUCGUAAAAUGAAGAGGCGGAUGUUGGACAUAAUGGAGGCCAACGUGUUGGCCACCAUAAUCAACUGUGUAAAGUUGGCUCAAAUGAAUACCAGGAUGGAUGAAAUAACAAAAUCUAUUAAGGAUGGCUUCUCCCUGAUUUGUCAGGUAUUUCAAGAGCUUGAUGUGAGUAACUUUGCACCACCCCCCCAGAGCAGCAGCCACAGCACACUAUAUAGUUAAUUCCUGUGUGUGUGUGAUACUUGGACAGUUUUUGCAUUUGCACAAUAAAACAAAAGUACUAGAA